AUGGCAUACCCCCUUCCUGUGAUAUCGGCCGGGCUCUCGACGUCGCCUCCAGAGUCCACGGCUAGCUCCGUUGCCACCCUCUGCUCAUGGGACACCUAUCUCACCAUCGCUCACACCUACCUCGUUCGCUUCGAGCACAUCGCAAGUGCACUUGUGGUCGCGCUCUCUAAUGCCACAACCGCCAUCCAAGUUUUCGCCUGGAGCGCAAGGGCUCGGCGUCGUCUGAGCAGCAACCCCGAGCGCGACAAAGGCUUUGUGGGCAGCAGGGCGUCCAGACGGUCUCCGUUCCCAUUCAGCGGUAAUCCGAAGACCUCGCCUGGGUCACUCAGCGUUUCCAACGACGGCGCACAGCUAAGCCAAGGCCCGUCCUCGCCCGUGCUGCUAUCGCCACCGACAAUCGUCGAGGUCGAGCCGACUGAGGAGGACGGGAACAAAGCACUCGUCGCAGAUGGUGCACCCCUCGUCGGUCUCACUAAAGCCUCUAGCACUGGCUUGACAUGGGCAACUCACGAGCGGCUCACCAUCCGACUUGGUGGCAGACAUGCUGCUAGGUGCAAUUCACCAUCGCCGCAGCCAAGUCGCUCCGCUGCAGAGUCUCCAGCGGUCCGGGCCUACCACUCGCCUCACUCGCUUUUGUCCACAACGGCGGGAAACCGGACAUCUUGGUGA